AACAAAAACACAAACACGCCGUCCUCAUAAAUAUGUAAACAAACAAAACGUCGCGUUGCGACGCGCUGAUUCGAAUCGGUCCCGGAUUCGCACGUUUCAACUCCCGUCCCGCACGUCCCAUUAGAAGUCGUCAUCGCAAUUGGUCUUACACGAAAAUAGCCCGCCGAUUAUAGUGGCACAUAAUAGCGAAAAAGAAAAAAAAAGGCGAAGGUAAAUGAACUGUCACGGGGGAAUGUCGGAAAGAAACCGCACGGAACGGAAUGUACGGGCGGCCGCGCGCAUGCGCCCCCUUCGAUCAGCUGUGUGCGCAAACCUGCUCUGCCAUCCUGCAGUGUAGAUGCCCUUCAUCUCAAAGGACUGGCGAUCGCCGGGCGAGGCGUGGGUCAAGACCCAGGAGGGCUGGGAGAAGAAAAAGGUGCUGGAGAACUGCAGGCGGCUCAAGGAAAAAGAAGAGACUCAAGAGACUGUGGAUACAGAGACUGCUAUUCAACCUCAUUGCCACAUCACAAUUAAAUGUACCAAGGAAAUUGCAGGUUUCAAUGAGCUGGACGAAGCCGUAAAACGACUAGAUUUCAGAAGCGCCGUCCGCGACGUUCGUCGCUUCAAUUACAUAUGCGCCCUCCUCGAUCUGCUUAUCGGUCAACAGAUGACCGCUUUGUCGGGCUGUGCCCAGAAAGUACUCAUUGCCAUGCUGGAGGAGGUGGCCAAUCACGCCACAUCCAGCCACCACAAUCCCAGAGGCUUUCGACGGCUUCUCAACAAAGUCAAAGCCUUAAGCGCUGCCGAGAGGUCAGCCUGUUGGGGGGGUCCGUUGGGCUCGCAACUUUUGUGGCACCAGCACACUGCCAAAUUGGAACGAAUACUCGGAAUGGCCGCUCAAAUGAAGAUCUGCGAACCGAGCCCAGACUCGCACCCGCAGUUUUUGCAUCUUCCGGAGGAGUGCAUCAGGGAGAUUAUAUUAAGACUGUCCGAUCACAGGGAUUUGACGGCGAGCGCUCAAACUUGCAAAAUUAUGGCAUCUAUCGUGGACGAACAGCGUAUCUGGAGGGAACUGACCCAGUUCCACUUCACUCCACAACAAAUCGAACUAGCUUUACCAAAGAACGAACAGAAAAUCGACUGGCAAUCCGUCUAUCAUUCUCUGAAAAGAUCCAUCGGAAUCAAUGAAGACAGACAAUACGCAGAAAUGCUGUCAUUGUGUAGGUACUGCCGUUGUUUGUUCUGGCGGUCGCUCGGCCAUCCGUGCAUCGCUGAUCAGUGUCCUGAGUUCAGGGCCCGGUUGCAGGAGGCUGGGGGCAUCACCCCACCUAGUCCGGUACCUCCAUCCGCGUUCCUUAAGUUCUUCUCCCUGUAGUUGCCUUUCUCACCCGAUCCGAUUUGUUGUGCUUGUUGUGCAUUGUGAUAUAUAUUAUUAUUAUUAUACGAUUGUGUGUAACGUUCUCGGUUGGAGGUCGAAGGCUUUGGAGAUAUUUUGUUUUAUUGUGAUAUAAUAUGGUAUAAAAAUAUAAUAAUUGCAAGUUUCAAAACAAAAACGUCCAAAUGUAAAAUAUUUGUCGAUCGAACUAUUCUACAAUAUUUAUAUGAAAUAUAUUAUUUUAUAUCUAAGUAUAUAUGUUUACAACAUAUAAAUCCCAGUGAAAUUUAUUGCUUUAAAUGUGAAUUUAAUAAAUAAAAUACAAUAAUAAAUUGUGUAAGACUCCAAAGUCAGCUAUAUCCAAUCUAUUCAGAAUGUGAAAAUCAUUUAAUGUUCUCAUUAAGUUGUUACUAAGGAGGUUUGGAAUUUAUUUAAGAUAAAGUAUAUACUAUAUUGUGUUUAUGAAAGUCCUCUAGAAAGUAUUGUAAAAUUUGUUAACUGUAUUUUAUCUUAGGGAAAUUCUAAAUGCUAAUUCUUAAUUUGCAAAGAAAAUAUAUACAUAUUUCAAAAACUAUUUUCAAAACUCAAUAUUUUUUCAAAUGAUUUUCCUUGUUCUGUGUCCUAUAGGCUGCUAUAUCUCAUAGAUACUAUAAUAUUUUAAAUUAUAACAAAUUAAAUAUUUUUACUUACACUAU